GGCUCAACUCAGCGUGGCCGUUAUAGCACACCAGUGGGUUUUCGGGUUUGCCGCAGCAGCAGCAGCCGCAGCACCUUGCAAUCCUCGACAUGGCACCCUGGUGGGAGCAGCAGAUUCUUUGGGGCCCGAUGGGCAAGGGAGGACCACGCCGAUCCAAAGGAGGAGCCCCACGUGCUCAUGUCCCCAUGGAGCCUUCCGCGGCGACUUCGACAGCCAGCACAACGGCUUCAGGAGGCUGGACUACUGGGACCAUCCGCCGCCUCUUUGUGGGCAAAGGCUUCGGCUUCGUGUCGCGUGAAGAGGCCAAGGCUCAGAACGGACGGGGCGAUGUCUUCCUCCACUUCUCAGAUCUGGAUGGUGGUCUGACUUCCUCAGACCUUGCGGUGGGUGUGCGUGUGCGCUUUCGUUGGGAGGCGGCCAAGGACUCCCGUGGCCCUGGCGGUCGCGCCCGCUUGGUGUCGCUGGUGCCCAGCCAUCCGGUGGUUGAGCUUUCUGCCCCGCGCCCGCGGCCGACACGCACUGGGCGGGUCUAUCACAAGGACACCAUCCUCGCGAUGCGUGGGUGGAUGCACAAGAGGGGCCAAGUGGAGAAGAGGCAGAAGUGGCCCCUCCGUCCGGAUGGCCUGCCACGAGAGAUUGUCUUUCCAUUUACGAUUUAUUUGCCCGACUUUUACUGGGAGGAAGAAGAUCAACGUGCCCUGGCGCAUGCCAAUGAUGAACAGCGCGUCCAAAUGCUUGAAGCACGCUUGGACUAUGAAGGUGGCGCCGACUCGAACAACGCCGAGACCUUCGGAGAAAACUGGGCGCUGGAGACCUGGUCCUAUGAGGACGCCGUCGCCGCCAACAACAUGAUCCGCGCGGCCGAAGCCGAAGCCGAAGCGGCGGCCUCCUACGAGGCGGCCUCCUACGAGGCGGCCUCCUACGAGUACGGAGGCCACCGCGACCACGGACAAUGCGCGGAACGCACAUCUACUGCGAGCGACGACUCGUGUCGCAUCGAGUGCAAGAUGCACGGUGAGGAGCAGGGCCAUGGUGUGGAAAAGGGAUGGGCACCGGAACUGUGUGGCCGGACUAGGUAACUAGGGGGGUUGAAGUUGGAGUUGUUGUUGUUGUUGUUGUGCCUGUCGUUCCCAGGAAGGGUUGUGCACAGGAAGGGUUGUGCACAGGUUACACACAGAUAUAUAUAUAUAUAUGAUAUACGUGACACUAAACAGAGGAUACCAGGAUACCCCCACCCCCGUACCCAAGUCAAACUAAAAACUGUUUCUAAAGUAGACGAGUAUGGGGAGGACAGGAUUAU